GGUGGGGGUGUGGGUGCUUCGAAACGUGAUACAUUUCAAAUAGUACGGCUGCCUGCUUGCUGAAGCUAUGUUUGUGCACUAAUGGAUGAAAUCAGCCAUGGCUAACAGGAGCAACAUCCCUGUUUUGUAUGCUGGCGUGGAAGGUGGUGGCAGCCAUUCCGCCAUAUCUCUGUUUGAUGCGUCCGGAAAAUGUCUGGCCGAGUGCGACGGACCCUGUAUUAACUUCCUCCUCAUCGGCAUGCCCGAGGCGGAGAGCCGGAUCCGCGGGCUGGUGGACGAGGCCCUCAAAUUGGCCGAUCUGCCGCAGAACACCACGCUUCGAUCCCUGGGCCUGAGCCUGAGCGGCUGCGAGGUGGCCGAGACGAACGAGUCGUUCCGUCAGGGCCUGCUGGAGCGCCACCCGACCAUGACUGAGGUCUGCUACGUCUGCAGUGACACGGUCGGAACCAUCGCCACCGCCUUCGAGGAUGGUGGGCUGUGUCUGAUCGCCGGCACCGGCUCCAACAGCCUGCUGCUGAAGGCCGACGGCAGCACGCACCGGUGCGGCGGCUGGGGUCACCUCUUCGGCGACGAGGGCAGCGCCUGGUGGGUGGCGCACGAGGCCAUCAAGUGGGUGUUCGACGAGGAUGACAAUCUCCGCCGGCCGCCGCACAGCACCGACGCCGUGCGGGAGGCCAUUCACACCUGCUUCGGCGUGAAGGACCGGUUCGGCCUGCUGGCGCAUGCGUACACCAACUUCCAGAAGCAUCGGUUCGCCACGCUGUGCGGCCACGUGGCGGCGGCGGCGCGGCUCGGCGACCCGCUCAGCCUGCAGCUGUUCGAGGAGGCCGGCGCCUGGCUGGGACGCCACGUGGUCGCCCUGCUGCCCCACGUCGACAAGGAGAUGCUGACGGCCGAGAGAGGGCUGCAGGUGGCCGUGGCCGGCGCAGUGUUCCGCUCGUGGCCGCUGCUGCGCGACGGCUUCGUGGCGGCGACAGGGCCGCACGUGGCGGCCUUCCAGCUGCUCGAGCUGCGCGGCUCGCUGUGCAGCGCUGGCGCCAGUAGCGCCGGCCACCGGCUGCCGCGCGACUGCUCCCAGCAGACCCGGCUGCUCUGCAGCUGGCGCCAGUAG